AUGACGAGGUUCUGCAUAUCACGCAUGUACAUCUACCACCUGGGUGACAUCACAGGGUGUCUGGCCCUGUCCCUGAUGGCUUUGGACCGAACCAUCGCUAUCAGCAACCCUCUUAGGUACCACAGCAUCCUGACUAACGCACAAAUAUUUGUGUUAAUCAUAGCUUCCUGGUUCAUUGGUAUAAUAUGCUUAGGAAUUGCUCUUGCUUGGGCAGACUUUGACAACCUUCCAUACUGCCAACCAAUCAUUAGGUACGUCUUUUGUGAUUACCCAGCGUUAAUCAGGGCUGCCUGUGUCAACCCUGAACCUUACUUCCUGAUUCCCACCAUUCUGGCUCUAUGGCUCCUCGCGGGCCAGUUUCCCUUAAUUAUACUGUCAUACGUUAAAAUCCUCUACACACUACUGAGACUGCCAAACAGUGAGAGCAGAGCACAGGGGUUUAAUACCUGUAUUUGUCACAUCAUUGUGGUGUCCUGUUACUACGCUCCCAAGUUGGUCUCUGUGUUGUUGACGAGGAUAGGGGUGAGGCUGAAUCUGACGGAGCGUAAUGCUUUACUGAUUAUAGCUACGCUGUUACCUUCUCUGAUCAACCCUACAAUCUACUGUCUGAAGACCAAGGAGAUUAGAAAGAGAUUGGUUCAGAUACUGUCUAGAAGAAAAAGAACUGUAUCAAUAAAAUGUCAAAAAGGGUGAGUUAUUUAUUUGUUAUUAUAUAUUUUGGGAUACACAUAAUCAAAUACAGAUGUGACUUGACUGACAUGUUUUAUCAAAUCUCAAAUGUAAAAUGAAUGUAUAGAGUCGGGUAUGACGAGGUAUGAACCCUCACUAACA